AUCCUCCAGCCACCCUUAAAAAGAGGAGAGGCAAUCCACGGUUUUCUUUUUUUUACAGUGAAGGGUUUACCCAGGGAAGACACAGGUUCUUUCUAAGGCAUUUGGGACAGAAGCUGACGACAAGAUGGUCAAGGAGGAAAUUGUGCUCUUUGUUCUUUGUGCGCUGUCGCAAGCUACUGGCUGUUUUCAGCUCAUCACCCCAUCCAGAUGGGGGGCUAAACCUGCCAACUGUUCAGCCCCACUGAAAGAUGUUCUACCUGAAAAUGUCAUCAUCAGCCACACAGCUGGUACUCCCUGCCAAACAAAAGAAGAGUGCAGCAAUGUAACGAGAAAUGUGCAAGAUUAUCAUCAAGGGGUCAAACACUGGUGUGACAUUGCCUACAGCUUCCUGAUUGGUGAGGAUGGGUAUGUGUAUGAGGGGCGGGGCUGGCGUGCUGAAGGAGCCCACACCCUUGGCUACAAUGACUUGUCCCUCGGAAUUGCUUUCAUUGGCCUCUUCACAGAAAGGUCUCCCAACGAAGCAGCGUGGAAAGCCCUGAAGUGCUGGCUUGACUUCUCGGUCAAGGUGGGCUACCUGCAUCCCGACUACCUUUUAAGGGCUCACAGCGAUGUCAGCGAUAUCAUCUCUCCCGGAGAGCAUGUCCGUGAAGUCAUUUCAAAGUGGCCUCAUUAUAAGCACCAGUGA